AACAAUAACAAUAAGAUGACAGAUACAACAGCAACACCAACUAUACCUACACCAACUUAUGAGAAGAGAGAUUAUACAUUGGCAGAGAUCACACAAUACGAUGGUACCAGUGCUGACAAGCCAAUCUUUGUCAGUGUCGGUGGUAUUAUCUUUGACGUGACAGAGAAGCGUGAUCUCUAUGGUGUUGGUGGAGGAUAUCAUGUCUUUGCUGGUCACGACGUCACCAAGUGUCUCGGCAAAAAUAACUUGGAUCCUACCUGUCUCGAUCAACCAGACACAUCAUCGUACGAUGAGAAGGAACUAGGACUGGUCGAGAAAUGGGCUAAAUUCUACCAGAACAAGUACACCGUUGUUGGCAACCUGAUU